AUGCCAGCCCGCCGCCAAGUUGAGGGAUUUAAACCUACUGCCCGUAUGAUAUCAGAGACUGUUUCUUUCUUGAAACACCUCAAAGAGAUAGAUUUGCCUCUUAAAGAUGUAUUACUUACUUUGAUCCUGGGUGUUGAUGACAACGAUGAACUCGCCACACUGCGACGAUACUGGAGCUCCAACCAAGGUUGGCCUUCAACGUUGAACAUCCUGAUGGCCUUCAAGAAGGCGGUCGUUACUUUGACGUAUGCUGAUUUGGCCACCCAUGAUGGAAAACCUUGUCAUUUUAUUUCACAGGCUACGAAAAUAGUUGCCGCAGAGAGCAGGCCACGCUCAGUCUUUGGACCUCCAACCCCAGCACAUAGGAUCACUCAUUCGUUCUUUGGUAUUGCUCGCACCGCUGAACGCUAUGCUGCUCUCAAGAGAGGAACCGGUUUCCUAUGGCAUCUGAUCCGGGGUAGUAUUGGCUGUUAUCGUCAAGUGGAGGGGAUAGAUGAGACAGCCUAUCUGAUUGACCCUCCAACUGUGUCGGAGUCUGAAGCCGCGCCUAGCAAUCCGGCUCAGUCGUCAAACUUUGCAGCUGCCCACGGCGAUGAACUCUCUGAGGUUACAGUCAUGGAUACUGACAAAGUGCAAAAAGACACUAGUGAUUCUUCUAGCUCCUCCGAAGAACCACUUGUUCCGUUGAUUGAACCGGAUGUUCAACAUGGAAAUGAUGAAGAUGAAAUGAAAGAGAUUGAGGAAGAAUCGGAUUGGGGAGAUGAAGAAGCUGGAGUUAUUUAUGUUGAUUCAGUGGAUCGCAAACAAUUGUGGACCACACGGGCAACCAAUGAAGCUGAAAAUGCCCCUGUCGAAGCGAAAAGCUUUCUACCUGAUGACUCACAAUUGUUACAUUGGGAUUCCGUCCUCAGGAGUCAACUUAAUCAGGCCUACCUUGACUACAUACUCACCAAGAACAACACUCACACCCCAAAGUCCAUACCUAAGCUCUCAAAAAAUCCACACUCAAUAGAACGCAUCAAGCCGACCGAGCCCGAUGUGGGUUCUGGGACUAGAAUCAAGAUCCUAUCGGACCGAUUCUCUGCAAAUAUCAACCUACUACGCCAAUUGAUUAGAAACCUCCGAUUGAGAUCGGGUAUGGUGGAAAUGUUUAGGCAUAAGAAGCAUCUGAUCAAUUCCCGAUCUCUUGCUAAAUUCCUAACUUGGAGUAACAAAAAUUUGACCAAAACAAAUGUAGCACAGCAGCCAGAAGAGAAAAAGGAUUUGAUGGAUCUGGGUUACAUCAAUUUUCAGAAAUUGCUUCAGAAAGAAGUCAUACACAAGGAAAGUACCCGAUUUCGAUGGGGAACCCCCCAAGCGUCAUUCCCAAACAUAGACGACUUGGAUUUGCUUUCGGAAGCUUCCGGCGAAGCCGAUGCUGCGGAUGCUCUAAGCAAAGCCAAUGCUGAAGGCUCGUUGGAUAAUUCAGCAUCAGAGGAGGACACGCAUAUGUGUGGGAUGCAUGAGCAUUAG